GCGUGAUUGUUAGGAAGCAUCUCCACAACAAGACAUGAUUGCCGAGCACCGUGCCCAACGGCAACGUGUACAUACAGAGGGGUGUCGCUAUAGAUACGCCCUUCACUGUAGAUACUGCAGUAAGCCUAGAGACCAUAGUGUAUGCGUGUAUUCGCGUAUGCCGAAAAGAAUUCGCGCUCAUAAGUUAACUUCGAUUCAGAAACGCACAUUGUGUUACAGCAAGUCCACAGCGAAAGCAACUUACAGUUAACCACUCCGCAGGGAUAUUUUUUAGCCUCCCCGAUUUCACAUAAAUCCUCCAAGAUGGGCGAAUGGUCGAAUGGUCUCUUCGGUUGCUUCAGCAACAUCGGUCUGUGCGCGAUUACCUACAUCGCGCCGUGCUACACGGCCGGUAAGGUCGCCGAGAAGAACGGGGAGGAUUGCAUGAAGUACGGUAUCUUCUCCGUGCUGGGCUGCGUGGGUCUGUGGUCCAUGACGAAAAUCCGCGGGAUGACGAGAGAAAACAAAGGCAUCGAUGGAGACUACACAAAAGACUUGCUAAUGAUUUGGUUCUGCACAUUAUGCGCUCUCGUUCAGGAAGCACAGGAAUGGGAAGGCCCCGCUGGCGGUUCGAUUGCACGUGAAUAAACCUCCGAUGUUUUCUACAAAAUCUGAACUCUUGUAAAGGAUGCAGAGGACUCCUAAAGAUAGCUGAUAAAUUAGACACGACUUGUUCCAACGGUCGAGAUGUAAAUUUGCAUUUUAAUAUCUUUCGGAGUCUCCCGCUGCCGUGUACAUAUCUACCGGAACUAUUUUCGCACUACUUUUUUGGUUUCUUCAUUCUGCUAAUGGUCAACGCCACUUGGAGAGGACGAUGAACGUUGCCGCUGAUAACCCACAGGAUUCCUAGCCUUUGGGAGGCCAGCGUCGCAACUAAAUGAUGGCAUGAGCGUAUUCCUACAGGCUAACAUGGGAUAGGAUGCUUGAUUCCGUGACAAAAAUAUAAUCACUCCACAUGUAGUAUUACACGUGUCUUUCAUUCAAAAGGCUUUUUCACUAAUGUUAGGAGAAAAAAUUACAUGUAAUUUAGUUCCAUGGAUAACUUGAGUUAGGUUAAAUUUUUGUCGAUGGAGGGCGAGUCUCGUUUUGAGUCAAAAAUCAUCAUGUCACUGCUUUCACCGACAGAAAAUUCUUUUUGCACAUUUUGUGCGCCUGUUUUUAAAAUUACUACUUUUAAUAAAAGUUGUUUGAAGAGUGUGGGUCAGAUACCCAAUCCUUUUAUUUAAUUACGUUCUAUGUAAAAAAAAAAAAAAAAAAAAAGUCUAAGAGGUAAGCAUCGGAAGGGGUAUACAUGUAAUACAUAUUCUUCAUUUUAAAAAAUACAUUUCGGAUGCAUUCCACAAGUUCACAAUUCUGGCUUACGAAGACAAGAUUUUUAAAAAAAACUACUAUUGACGGAGAAUGCAACAGUCCAAAAAAGUAAAACGGAACUUCGUAAUAUUUUGUUAUAAUUAUUUUUUAAUUGAAGAUAAAUUGACAAAAUAAAAGAAUUUGAAAAGGAUUUGUACAUGAUUUUCCAUUAAAGAAUAGUACUGAAAUAAGUGGUCACAACAGAAAUCCGUUUUAGACAUCUUUUUCAAUUGGAUCCCCCAGUGAUCCCCAAAUUAACUCUUUCCCGCCUUUUUGUGCUGUGGUUUUUUGUGUGUAAAUAAACCUUCAAAAAAG